AUGGCUCAAGCCUACCGCGAUGCGCUCGAGCGCACCGUCCAAGAGCUCAAAUCAAGGCGCGAUGAGAAACGACUACAUGCUGCCGAGAGCCUACUACACGAAGUAGAAGCCGCACAUAGAGGUGAGGCCGCUCGUCGUAUCCAUCUGACUGAAGCACUCCAGCUGACACGCAUCCGCCACANNGAAUUGUCGGCCGCUCAAUUCGCUCCUUACUACGUCGAGGUCAACAAACGCAUCGCCGAACUCAUCCAGAAUGGAGCCGACACACACGAACGAACCGGCGGUCUCUACGCACUUUCACAACUCAUCGACUUCAAGGGCGACGAUGCUGCUCAAAAGACGACGCGAUUCCAUACUGUCCUACGCAAGGUCAUGACGGGCAACGACACGGCUGCCAUGGUCGUCGCUGCAAAGACACUCGGUCAUCUCGUCUCGCCUGGAGGGACCCUUACCGCCGAACUGGUUGACGCCGAAGUCAAGGUCGCCCUCGAGUGGCUUCAGAUCGAACGCAACGAGAAUCGGAGAUUCUCAGCCGUCUUGAACUUAUACGAACUUGCGAAGAGCUCGCCCACACUUCUACACGUAUGGAUACCCGACAUCUUCGAGGUCAUUUGGGUCGCGCUACGCGACCCCAAGGUCAUGAUCCGCGAGUCGGCCGCCAACACCAUUAGCCAAUGUUUCGAGAUUCUCAUGGCCAGAGACCCCCAGGCACGCCAGAAAUGGUUGACAAGAACAUAUGAAGAGAUAGACAAGGGUUUCCAACACAACACGGUCGAGGCCAUUCAUGGUUCUUUGCUUGCUCUAAAAGAAUUGCUGCAGAAGGGAGGCAUGUUCAUGCACGGUCCGCGCUACAAGGAAGCUUGCGAGCGCAUCCUAUCGUACCGUGAACACCGCGAUCCUCUUAUUCGCCGCGAGGUCGUUUACAUCAUUCCAAUCUUGGCCAGAUACGCCCCGAAGGAGUUCUGUAAUGGCUACAUUCACCGAUCCAUGUCACAUCUCCAAGGCCUCCUCAAAUCUCCCAAAGAUCGCAAUCUGUCGUUCAUCGCCAUUGGAAAUGUCGCAAAUGCUGUUGGCAGUCAAAUUGCUCCUUAUCUCGACAACAUUCUCCUUCAUAUCCGCGAAGCCCUUAGUGUCAAGGCACGCAUCAAGAACACCGAUGAAGCUCCGAUCUUCAAGUGUAUCAGCAUGAUCUCGAUCGCUGUCGGUCAGACUCUGAGCAAGUACAUGGAGGCUUUGCUUGACCCAAUUUUCGCCUGUGGUCUGAGCGAUGCUUUAUCACAAGCACUUGUCGACAUGGCACACUACAUCCCUCCUGUCAAGCCGAUCAUUCAGGAGAAACUCCUUGAUUUGCUGAGCAUCACUCUGUGCGGCAAGCCUUUUGUUCUACCAGGCCACCCUAGUCACAGCACUCCCUUGCCCCGGAUAUUCACUAGAGAAGUCAGAGAUCAACAAGAUCCUCAACACGUCGAACACAAGGAGCAGCAGAUAGCACUGGCCCUCUACACUCUCGGCAGCUUCGACUUCUCUGGUCAUGUUCUCAACGAGUUCGUUAGAGACGUCGCAAUUCGUUACGUGGAAGAUGACGACGCCGAGAUCCGGAAGGCAGCGGCCUUGACCUGUUGCCAAUUGUUUGUUAGAGACCCAAUUGUGUACCAGACCAGCCAUUACUCGAUCCAAGUUGUCAGCGAUGUCAUUGAGAAACUCUUGACUGUUGGAGUUGCUGAUCCGGAGGCCGAGAUUCGAAGAACAGUCCUGGCAUCACUAGAUGCUCGCUUUGAUCGUCAUCUUGCAAAGGCUGAAAACGUUCGCACGCUCUUCCUUGCACUAAACGACGAAAUCUUCGGUAUCCGAGAAGCUGCAAUGACCAUUAUUGGCCGCCUGACUGCUGUCAAUCCAGCUUACAUCUUUCCUUCUUUGCGCAAAGUUUUGAUCCAAUUGUUGACCGAGAUCGAAUACUCAAACAAUGUCAGAAACAAGGAGGAGAGCGCAAGGUUGAUCAGUCAUCUUGUUGGCUCGUCUUCGAAGCUGAUCAAGCCAUAUGUUGACCCCAUGAUCACGGUACUCUUGCCGAAAGCUCAAGAUCCCAAUCCUGAUGUGGCAUCUGCCACUUUGGAGGCAAUAGGUGAUUUGGCCACCGUCGGUGGUGAUGAGAUGGUCAAGUAUGUUCCUGAAUUGAUGAAGGUCAUUAUUGAGAGUCUCCAAGACUUGAGCUCAGCUGGGAAAAGGCGAGCAGCUCUGAGGACUCUUGGACAGCUUGCCAGUAACUCCGGCUACGUGAUCGAUCCUUACGUAGAGCAUCCUGAGCUUCUUUCGAUCCUGGUGCAGAUCGUCAAGAAUGAGCCACCUGGCGAACUGCGCAAAGAGACUAUUCGACUGAUGGGUAUCCUUGGUGCUUUGGAUCCGUACAGACAUCAGGUCAUGGAGCAAUCCUCUGAGAACCAUCUCGUCGCAGAUUCGCAGACUGUUACCGAUGUUGGCCUGAUCAUGCAAGGAACCACACCCUCGAACGAGGAAUACUACCCAACCAUUGUCAUCAACACUCUUCUGGACUUGCUCAAGGAGCCCACGCUCGCGCAACAUCACGCUGCUGUUGUUGAGGCUGUCAUGAGUAUUUACAGAACCAUGCGUCUGAAGUGUGUCAACUUCCUUGGCCUAGUGGUUCCCGGUAUUCUUCUUGUCAUCCGAACCUCACCGGCAGGAAACAUUGAGAAGUAUUUCAACAAUCUUAGCGAGCUAGUGGAGAUUGUUCGUCAACACAUCAGACCUUAUUUGCCGGAGAUUCUUGCAACAGUACAAGACUUCUGGGCAGACAACUCUCCCUACCAGGCGACAAUGCUUGCACUUAUUGAGUCGAUUGCCCAAUCUCUCGAGGGCGAGUUCAAAAUAUACCUAGCUAACGUGCUUCCUCUGAUGCUUGGUGUACUCGAUCACGACAUCACACCUAGACGCUUGCCAUCGGAACGAGUGUUGCACGCGUUCCUUGUCUUUGGAUCGAGCGCAGAAGAGUACAUGCACUUGAUCAUUCCCGUCAUUGUCCGUAUGUUCGAGAAGCCAGGUCAGCCGACACACAUUCGCAAGCUCGCAAUUGAGACUAUUGGCAAACUCUCAAGACACGUCAAUAUUUCUGAGUUCGCUGCAAAGAUCAUCCACCCUCUUUCGCGAGUCUUGGGCGGCCAAGAGACUGGACUCAAGCAGACUGCUCUGGAUACUCUGUGUGCUCUCAUCUUCCAGCUUGGUCCAGACUACAUCCACUUCAUCCCGACCAUCAACAAGAUUCUUGUAACUCACAAAGUGCCACACACCAACUAUGCUUUGAUUGUCAGCAAGUUGCAGAAGGGUGAGCCUCUACCACAAGACCUGAGCCCAGAUGAACGAUACAAGACUUCCGCUUCGGAAGAAGUUCAGAGAGGUGUCGACAACCGCAAAUUGGCAGUCAACCAGCAGCAUCUCAAGAUCGCAUGGGCAGCCAAUGCUAAGUCAACCAAGGAAGAUUGGCAAGAGUGGAUGAGACGAUUUAGUCUGGAACUGCUCAAGGAGUCGCCACAGAACGCAUUGAGAUCAUGCUCGCAGCUCGCUAGUUCUUACCCUCCUCUUGCAAGGCAGCUUUUCAACUCUGCAUUCGUGUCAUGCUGGACUGAGCUGUACGACCACUACCAAGAGUCCUUGGUCCGCUCGAUAGAGACUGCUCUGACCUCACCCCAUAUUCCACCUGAGAUCCUACAAGUGCUUCUGAACCUUGCUGAGUUCAUGGAGCAUGACGACAAGGCUCUUCCGAUCGAUGUUCGUACUCUCGGUAUGUACGCCGGCAAAUGUCAUGCAUUCGCAAAAGCUCUUCAUUAUAAAGAACUCGAGUUCAACGCCGAGCAAAACGCCAGUAACGUUGAGGCUUUGAUCAGCAUCAACAACCAACUCCAACAGACUGAUGCCGCCUUCGGUAUUUUGCGUAAGGCGCAAGGUUACGUGGAUGUCCAGAUGAAGGAGACUUGGUUCGAGAAGUUGCAACGUUGGGAAGAGGCCCUGACAGCAUACCAACGCCGUGAGCGCGAUGAACCAGAUUCAUUCGAGGUCAUCAUGGGUAAGAUGCGCUGUCUUCACGCUCUCGGUGAGUGGGAAGUACUUUCAUCUCUUGCGCAAGAGAAGUGGAUGCACGCUUCUUCGGAGAACCGCAAGUCUAUCGCUGCCUUGGCUGCUGCUGCCGCAUGGGGCAUGGGACAGUGGGAGCUUAUGGACGGCUAUUUGUCUGUGAUGAAAUUGCACUCGCCCGAUCGCUCUUUCUUUGGCGCCAUUCUCUCAAUUCAUCGCAAUCAGUUCGACGAUGCACAGCUUCAUAUCAACAAAGCGAGAGAAGGGUUGGACACAGAGCUCAGUGCACUCCUCGGCGAGUCAUACACAAGAGCGUACAGUGUCAUCGUCCGUGUGCAGAUGCUUGCAGAGCUGGAAGAAAUUAUUGCAUACAAACAAAGCUCCAGUGAUCCCCACAAGCAGGAGCGCAUGCGUCUGACCUGGACCAAGCGACUGAAGGGGUGCCAAAAGAACGUCGAGGUUUGGCAGAGAAUGCUCAAGGUGCGUGCCUUGGUCAUCUCACCUCCAGAGAAUGCAGAGAUGUACAUCAAGUUUGCCAGCAUCUGCAGAAAGGCACAGAGGAACGGUCUUGCUGAGAAGUCGCUGAACUCCCUUCUUGGCUGGCAAGGUAGUCUCAUGACACCAGAAGGUCAGGAGCGCACUCUACACGCACCGUACCCUGUUCAGUACGCCGUCUACAAGUACAUGUGGUCGAAUGGAUAUUCUUCAGGCGCCUUGACAGGCCUCAGAGACUUCACAGAAAGGCUGCGCAUCGAUUACGAACAGCGAACAUUGGCAGUCACGAACCCUGGGACCNAAUGGUAUGAACGGAAUGAAUGGUACCAAUGGUGUCAAUGGCACACAAUUCCCGCAGCUGGUGUAAGUCCUCAGAUCUCUGAGAAGGACAUGGCUCAAUUGGCCGACUGGCAAAAGCUGCUUGCUAGAUGCUACCUCAAGCAAGGUGACUGGCUUAGUCUGCAGAUGCGUGGAGAGUGGGAUGCUCAUCGAGUACACGAGAUAAGAUCUUCGUACAAGGCAGCCACCCACUACAACCAAGACUGGUACAAGGCAUGGCACGCUUGGGCGCUGGCAAACUUUGAGGUCGUUACCGCACUUACCGCAAACAAAGACAGAGGAGAAGCCGAUGGCAUGCAACGAAGAUACAUCCACGACUAUGUCGUUCCUGCCAUUCAAGGAUUCUUCAAGUCAAUUGCCCUCUCUUCUUCAAGCUCUUUGCAAGACACUCUGCGUCUUCUGACACUGUGGUUCAACCAUGGCGAGCAUCAAGAAGUUACCUCGGCAGUCACGCAAGGUGUGACCACUGUCAGCAUCGACACCUGGCUCGAGGUCAUCCCUCAGCUGAUUGCUCGUAUCAAUCAACCGAACAGACUGGUCAAGGAUUCGAUUCAUCACUUGUUAUGUGAAGUCGGAAGAGCUCACCCACAAGCACUGGUAUACCCAUUGACUGUUUCAAUCAAGUCAGAAGACAGAGACCGUUCAAGAGCUGCCAAGGACAUCAUGACUGCUAUGGAGCAACAUAGCCCUAAUCUUUGCAGACAGGCAGCUGUUGUCAGUCACGAGCUGAUCCGUAUCGCUGUGCUCUGGCAUGAACAGUGGCAUGAGGGUCUUGAAGAAGCGUCGAGACUAUACUUCGGUGAUCACGACAUCGACGGCAUGCUCCGUACUCUUGAGCCCUUGCAUCGCAUGCUUGACGAGGGCCCUGAGACUCUGAGAGAAAUAUCAUUUAUCCAGAGCUUCGGACGCGACCUCGCAGAAGCCAGAGAUUGGUGCAACAACUUCAAACGUACGAAUGAGGUCGGUGAUCUUAACCAAGCAUGGGACCUCUACUACGGCGUUUUCAAGAGAAUAGCGAGACAGUUGCCUCAACUUGCCAACCUCGAGCUGCAAUAUGUCUCACCAAAGCUCAAAAAUGUUCACGACCUUGAGCUUGCUCUUCCUGGAACGUACAAGAGUGGCAAGGAGAUUAUUCGCAUUCUCUCCUUCGAUCCUUCGUCGACUGUCAUUCAGUCCAAACAGCGACCAAGAAAGCUUACCCUCACUGGCAGCGACGGAGGCACCUAUCAGUACGUACUCAAGGGUCACGAGGAUAUUCGUCAAGAUGAACGUGUCAUGCAACUUUUCGGUCUGGUCAAUACUCUGCUCUCACACGAUCCCGAGUCGCUCAAGCGUCACCUUAAUAUCCAGCGUUACGCAGCCAUUCCUCUCUCGACACAGUCCGGUCUGCUUGGAUGGGUACCCAACAGUGACACCUUGCACGUUCUCAUCCGGGAUUACCGUGAGAGUCGUAAAAUCCUUCUCAACAUCGAACAUCGCAUCAUGCUUCAGAUGGCUCCCGACUAUGACAACCUUACGCUCAUGCAGAAGGUGGAAGUGUUCGGCUACGCACUGGACAACACCACUGGCCAAGACCUUUACCGCGUUCUGUGGUUGAAGAGCAAGAGUUCAGAAGCCUGGCUUGAGCGUCGCACAAACUACACGCGCUCCCUCGCAGUCAUGUCCAUGGUCGGCUACAUUCUGGGUCUUGGUGAUCGUCACCCGUCCAACUUGAUGCUUGAUCGCAAUACUGGCAAGAUCAUCCACAUCGAUUUCGGUGAUUGUUUCGAAGUCGCCAUGCAUCGCGAGAAAUAUCCCGAGCGUGUUCCCUUCCGUCUCACACGCAUGCUCACAUUUGCUAUGGAAGUCUCGAACAUUGAAGGUAGCUUCCGCACGACCUGUGAACAUACCAUGCGUGUCCUCCGCGAGAACAAAGAAUCACUCAUUGCUGUGCUUGAAGCGUUCAUUCACGAUCCUCUGCUCACCUGGCGUCUGGGCAACAAANAUUCACCUCCUGAGCCCUCUUUCCCAUCAGAACGUCGUACGUCGAUCAUUGGCGAACUAGACUCCGCGCCCCGCAGCACACCAGGCGGUCGCAAGCGUGCACCACCCGGCGCCGAAAAUGUUCCUGGCGAAGGCAAGGAGGUCCAGAAUGCCAGAGCCCUGCAAGUCCUCGCCCGUGUCAAGGAAAAGCUUACGGGUAGAGACUUCAAGAAGGAUGUCGAGUUGGCUAUUGAGGAGCAAGUCGAGAAGUUGUUGUCUGAAGCAACGAAUCUGGAGAAUUUGUGUCAGCAUUACGGUGGUUGGUGCAGUUUCUGGUAA